UACUACCCCGUUGGGCAUGUGMGUGCAAGCGAGAUGUUUUUAUGAAAUUGAAAGAAAAAAAACUUUAAACAAAACAAUAACCAAACUGCUGUACAAUUACUCUUUUUUGACAGGGCUUCAUUUCAAUGAAAAAACUCAAACGCGGAUUAUUUUCUUCAUUCAGGAGCAACAACAAUACCUUAUUAUUUACAUAAAUGCCAUGGCACUGGUAGGCUGCCGUUCACUGAGCAUAACAAGGCUGUCGACUUUGCUGCCAUUUUUUUAUUUAAAAAAAAAAGUUUUUUUUGCCUCUGAUGGUUUGUUGCUGAGGAAGUGCAGACAUUUGGACAGGAAUCAACAUUAGUCGCAAGACAGCGCGAGUCGAGGCAGACAUUGCUGCGAUGGAGGCAAUUGGUGUCUCCUACUCGAACCCGUUGGAGGACUACGAGUUGAUUCACCGAAUCGGGAGUGGUACAUACGGAGAUGUAUUUAAGGCCCGAGACAUCAAGACGUCUGUGGUAUCUGCAAUCAAAGUUGUAAAACUAGAUCCCGGUGACGACAUCUCAUCUAUCCAGCAGGAGAUCACCAUGAUUAAAGAAUGCAACCACAAGAACAUUGUGGCCUAUUUCGGCAGCUACCUCAGAAAUAGCAAGCUGUGGAUCUGCAUGGAGUACUGCGGAGGAGGUUCCCUGCAGGAUAUUUAUCAUGCUACUGGCCCCCUGAAUGAGAGGCAGAUUGCAUAUGUGUGCAGGGAAACACUCCAGGGACUGCAUCACUUACAUGAGACUGGGAAAAUGCACAGAGACAUAAAAGGAGCCAACGUUCUUCUAACAUCGCGAGGAGAUGUCAAACUGGCGGAUUUUGGCGUUGCAGCUGAGAUCAAUGCUUCUGUUGCCAAGAGGAAGUCCUUCAUAGGCACGCCUUACUGGAUGGCACCCGAGGUGGCAGCAGUGGAGAAGAAAGGCGGGUACAACCAGCUAUGUGACAUCUGGGCAGUGGGCAUCACCGCUAUCGAGCUGGCAGAGCUUCAGCCUCCAAUGUUUGACCUGCACCCAAUGAGGGCCUUGAUGGUGAUGUCAAAGAGCAGCUUCCAGCCUCCCAAACUGAAGGACAAGUCCAAAUGGUCCGUUGACUUUCACAGCUUUGUGAAAGUAUCCCUCACCAAGAACCCUCGCAAAAGGCCCACUGCAGAGAAGUCGCUACAGCACCCCUUUGUGAGUCAGCGGCUGACCAGGACCCUGGCCAUUGAACUGCUGGACAUGGCCAGCAACCCCGUUCUGCAAACCUCACACACUAUGGAUGAGAGUGAUCUUGAGACAUGCAGUGCAUUCCCUGAUCAGAUCCAGUCCUUAGGGAAACCCCUGUCGGUCCAGAGGACUCAGUCUGAGGAGCAGUUUGAUCUGCUAAAAUUUGGCCCUCCCAUGAGGAAGGAGACUGACCCCUCUCCUGACCUGGGAUCAUAUGACGAAUGGARCAUUACAGAUGAUGAAAAUAACUCCUCGAGUCUACUGGAGUGUGUUGAGGAAGCAUUGCUUGAAAGGAGGUUAACCGUCAAGAGAGCGCCCUCUGCUGAGCACUCUAAUGAAGAAGAUGAUGAUGAUGAUGGUGAUAUGGAUAAAUGUGGCACAGUGAAGAGGAGUCCUGCCCCAAGGCAUACCAUCCCCCAGUCCACUGACACUACUAGCGCCAUAGAAUGCACUGGCAAUUGUGACUCCACCCCUCCCACUGUCACUCCUCCAUUCACAGACCCCACCCUGUCUGACCCCUCUCUCUUCAACUGCUCCUCUCCCUCUGAAGAAAAGGCUCAAAUCCAUCAUCCUGAGACACUAUACUGCACUGAAGGGUCGGGACAGACUGCCGCCAAGGCCCAGCAGCCCCCACUGUCUCCAGAAUGGAGCACACUCAGGAGGAAAACUGAGGACUCGAGAGGUGAUUGCCAUGGACUUCCACCCACACCCAAAGUCCAUAUGGGGGCCUGUUUUUCCAAGGUGUUUAAUGGCUGUCCAUUAAAUAUCCACUGUGCUGUCACAUGGGUUCUGCCAAAGACUAAAGAUCAACACCUCAUCCUGGGGACAGAGGAGGGCAUCUACACCCUGAACCUCAAUGAGCUCCAUGAGGACACAAUGGAGAAGUUAUUACCCCAGAGGUGCAGCUGGCUGUAUGUCAUGAACAAUGUGCUAAUGUCUAUCUCAGGGAAAUCAUCGCAGCUGUGCUCCCAGAGGCUGACCACCCUGUUUGAUCAGCGCAGACACCUGCCGAAGAGGCAGGGCCACCUGUCCAUCAACACCCACCGCCUCACAGAGAGGAUCAACUCAAGAAAGUUUUCUGUGUCUGGAAAAAUACCAGACACCAAAGGCUGUCGACGCUGCAGCGUUGUGCGUAACCCGUACACUGACAGCACAUUUUUGUGUGCUGUUGUACCAACUGGCCUUGUCCUACUGCUGUGGUACGAGCCCCUGCAGAAGUUCAUGCAACUCAAGCAUAUCGCUGUGAGUCUCCCAGAAACCCUCCCCAUCUUUGAACUGCUUGUCCUGGAGAAAGAGGAGUUGCCACAGGUGUGUGUGGGUGUGAGCAGGUUACAGGCCCCUGUCAAGACCUGUGAGCAGGUCCACUUUGACAUCAUCCACUUGAAUGACACACCCAGAGCCCAGACAGGUAGUCAAUCUCUGAAGGUGAUGCAGGUAACUCAGCUGGACAGAGACACGGUACUGAUCACUCUGGAGAACACUGUGAAAAUUGUGAAUCUGAAUGGAAAUCCAUGCGAAGGGAGGACCUCAAAGUUGACCUUUGACUUUUCCAUUGAGACUCUUGUAUGUUUGCAGGAUAGUGUUCUGGCCUUCUGGAAGCAUGGGCUUAAAGGUAGAAGCUUGAAUAGUGAUGAGGUUACRCAAGAGAUCACGGAUGAAAGUCGAAUAUUCAGAGUCUUGGGAACCACAAGGGACAUUAUCUUGCAGAGUACUCUCACGGACAAUCCAUCKGCCUUAAGCAACUUGUACAUCCUGACGGGGCAUGAGAGUAGCUACUGAGGAAAUCAGAGAAUGGAGGACAUUCUGUCUCGAGGAAGUACACAGCAGUCUCCUACUACUCCUAAAAGGACAAGCACAAAGUCAAUAAGGAUGGAGCAAGGAUGCYUACAAUGGCGAGUGGUUGGCCGAAAAGACAUAGCUGGGACUGUCUGAGCUUUGAUUGGAGUGGGCUUUCCUCACGGCUUCUUUKCAUCCAACUGCCAAAUGGACCUGUGAAUAUCAGUGGUUCAAAACAGUACCAGUGGCCUAGGCUACAUAAAAAUCUUGGCAUUGCAGUCGCAGAUUUAAAACCACACUUGUCAUAACUCUCCUGUGACGAUCUGAAGGAUCAGGUUACAGUGGGUCUGCGCUACAGCGUGCCCCCUCUCGUAGAGCGGGAAGUCGGCUGUKUUUUUAUGGCGUUUAUAAAAUACGCUGCCUCUAUGCUCUGUAGUGUUCGAUCUUGGAAUGUAAACUGUGGAACACUGAGAGACCCUUGGACAUCAAGUGUGAAUAAUUAAACAAUAUUUUUGAGAAUGUGGUCUGUGGACACUUAAGGGACAGUCGUGACAAGUGUGUUUCAUUUGGUGAUCUCAUGAAGGACAGGAAACCCUCUACUGUGUCUUUUGGUUGUGUACACUUCUUAAUUAUGGAGUCUACAUCUAAAUAUUGUGAAAUGUUUGUGAUUAAACAUGAAACUAUUUGUGAAAAGAUGUAAUGUUAACCUUCUAAAUGAGAAAAUAUGGGUUUUCAUAUAAAGUUAACCAAAUCAGUGGCCACGCCCACAUGAGCGUAGACAUUACGUCGGCGUCAUGGACCGCCCUUUUCUCAGACGUGUAUAAAAUCUACUCCUGACUAAAUUUACAUUAGACUAGAAAACAUGGAGCUGAUGCUACAUGUUGAAAUGGUUAAGAACUACAACUCUAUAGGCCCAGGAGACCAGACAGCGUGGAGUGUUGGCUACACGGGUGAAAAUGGUUCAACUCUGAGACUAUCGAUCACUACAGAAUAAGAGCAAAUCCUAGACGUAGAAUUACUAGUCUCCAGCUGGAAAUUAYGUAAAUCUAGUACGAGAAUAACGACAACCGCGGAAGCAUCUAUUCUAUGCAACGGCCAUCUGUACGCCUGACGUAUCCAUUACAACAGACACUAUCCAGAGCCGCUGAGAAAGCUACAACCGCGAAAGACAUUGUGACUUCUGUGGACGUUAACCAGAGACUCUGAUGAACUGACUCUCCAGCAGACGGACCGGAU